UGAUAGGUCGCAAGAGAGAGGUGGUGGUGGUGGGAGGGCCAAUGCGCCGGGAGACGAGCGGCGAAAAACGUAAUGGUACCGGUGAUGACGGAUGUGAUGAUGGGAGAGAGGUAUUUUCGUGACUUUUGAUUGGGAAAAACACAGACAGCUAGAAAGUUGAACAUGAUCAUGAUGGUUGGCGGUAGUGGCCGCGAUAAUGCUGCUCUACUCGUCCGGUCAGUUCUUGAUUGUGAAAGUGGUGUUCAUGAUAGUUGGCGGUAUCCGAGGAAAUCUAAUGUGUAAUUUGGCUUCGUAUACACCAUAAGGUUCUCACACGUGACUUUUACACGUGAUGACAACUUCGCGAUUUCUUCAUUGGAGGAAAUGCUGUUGUUGUGUAUAAACUGUCUUGAAACAUGUAACCUUGAGCAAAUGCGGUGCGUUCUCGUCAUUGGGGGGAGCUGAGGUCGACAUUUUGUUGCAUGUCAACACAGAGGUAAGCGGAAGGCAGGAAACAAAGAUUGACAGAAACGUGCCGCAAUUGCUCGAUAUGUUCAACGGGGUAGUUGGUUGAUCCCGAUAUGUCUUUAGCGGAGAUGAUGAUGAUGGUCAUGAGGAUGACGAUUGAUGAUGAUGAUGAUGAUGAUGGUCAUGAGGAUGACGAUUGAUGAUGAUGAUGAUUAUGGUCAUGAGGAUGACGAUUGAUGAUGAUGAUGAGGAGGAGGAGCAUUGCUGUUCAUUGUUAUUUGCUGCUGAUAAUUGCUGAUAUGAUUCCACUUCUUUGUAGGAGGAGACGUUAGUGAGGACUGGGUUUCUCACGCGCUCAAGCACAACCAACCACAAUGCCAGAAACUACAUCGAUGCUAGAAAAAAGAAGAAAAAAAUAUCAUUGUAGUGAUCGGUCUUUCUUUAGCUAGCGAGCGUACGGCCUUUAGUUGUUCCUAUUCUUAAGUGUACUACAAAAGAUUACUCCUUUAUUGGAGGAGAUGUUGCUGUGUAUAAUACCCUUUGAACAGUUAACCACGAACAGAUGCGGCGCUGUUUCGUAGUUAGGCGAAUUGAUAUCGACACGUUCCCCUGUCAUCACAGAGGCAAUGCAGUGAUGUUCAGCUUGGCGUUCGCUCGCCUAUUGAGAAAAAGAAAACGUGCCGAAGUUGUUUGAACGUAUAUGUCAGAAGGGGUUACGUAUGUCUCUUGCGGGUGGUGCUGAUAAUUGUGAUGAUUAUGACGAUCGCUGAUGUGAUUGGUAGUGGAGAGAAUGGGGUGUUGCGUGUAAACGUGUCUGCAUGUUCUCUUCUGCGAUGAACCCAUACUGUGUGUCUGAUUUUUUUUUCGUCGUUUUUAAUUCAUUCUUUCCCAGAAGCCCUCACCCUUUAUAGAGUAGGCCGUGCAUGUUCGGGGGGAUCUCGAAAGGGGGAUCUCGCUCGUCUACAGCUGGCCGCUGCACAGACUUGAAUUGAACGGGAGAUGGGGUCUUUGUUUGGUGUGGACAAACAGUCGGACGGGAGGCCCUUGUUCGAUCCUGAGGUGGCCGGAGGGAGGGUGGGGGAUGGCAGACGAUGUGGAGAAAGAGAGGAUCGGGAUUUUGCUCUACUUCUUGAGCAGCUGACGACGUUUCUAGCUGGCAAGGAAUGCCAGUCGUUUCGAUUUUCAAUUGAUUGAAAUUGAUUGGAAAGUAAGAACUAGGUGGGGCUCGAAUCUGGAAAGACAAUGAUGCUGAUGGUCAGGACGGCCAGCUUGCGUUUGAUGAGAAGAGGGCGAGUUUGAAGGAGAGGAGAGGAGAGUGAAGAAAGAGGAGGACGGUGAAGGAAAAUGACAAACGUAUGAAGAAGAUCAGACAGGGAGGGUGGGAGCAUAUGCGCUGAGAAGCCCCGACAAUGAUGCGGGACGACUGGUGUUGGAACACAUGGAGUGUUGUGGCAUUUGAUGAAGACACGUGGUGCUUUCUUAAAGUCCGGCAGCAAGGAGAGACCAUGACGGCCUUCCUGGCCCGCCUGGGCACCUAUAUGCAGCAAGUCCAAGAGGAGCAGCAACGCGAGGCGGCAGCCGAAGCAGCAUGCCUUAAUGCCAUUGCACGCGCAGAAGAGCAACGACGCCGGCAGCAAGCUGACGCAACUGCCAACCACAACCAAGCUCGAAGAUAUGCCGCGUCUGUCCUCAUGCAGCAGGAAGCCGCUCGUACCGCCGUACUCCAAGCAUGGCAUGUUGAUCCGGCGGAAACGAUGGAACCAACUAUGGAGGACCAGACUAAGUCAGCUCUCGCCAGCAUGAUGCAUGAAGUCAUCCUCACUUGUAACUGGCAACAAGUGGAGCUGGCUCGGCAGACACGUACCAUCACUGAGUAUGAGGAGACUCUCAAGAGCCUCCACACCCGCCUUGACAUGCUGGAGAAGGAUGACGCGCCGCACAGGCACACGGCAUCGUCAAGCAUGGAUCCAUCGAUCCGCGAGCUGGAAGGACGGUUGGAUCACCUAGUCGCGAUGAUCGGCAACUUGAACAGUUUCCGACACCCGACGACCAUCAGCCAGCAAAUAGCCGCCCUACAAGCGGAUCUGCGUCAAUUGCAGCAGCAACCAACUGGGACCUGCAACAAUGUGAUGCCGAAACAAUUCAAAGAUGCCGGAGUUCAGCAUCGACAAAUCGUGGAGAAGGCGUGCGAAGUUAUCCAAACCAAUCGGUGGGCAGCCAACGAGCGGCGAAGCCAACCGACUUUUGUGGAAAAGGGCAAAGGCCCGCGGCUGCAGCCAGUCGCUGCUGUCCAAGGAAAGGGACAAGAGAACGACCAGGCGAUGACUCACGAGUCGAGUGAAGGAGACAGAGUCAAUGCCCUUCAGCCACGACGCAACAACAACAACAACAAGAAGAAGAAGGCGAAAUCUGCGUCAACAACGGAAGCCGGACAGCCGAAUGAGCCAUGGAAGAAGUUCAGCCUCACGGAGGAGCAAUACAAAUUCCGCCAGAGGUGGAGCUGUUGCUACUGGUGCAAUGGCACCAAGCAUACGACGUCGCAAUGCCGACAAAGGCAAAAAAGAUGUCCGUUCACGAUAAAGCUCGGGAAACUGAGCCUCGCGGGAAGUGAGGCGACUCCACUUCCUACUCCGCCGGACACGGUUGCCUUGCUAGCAACCUCCUCCACGUCCGGGGAACAUGAGUAUGUUGCCAGUCUUCGCGAAGAUUAUGAAACUAUGUUGUCCAGCUGGUCCCGCCUACCAGCUCCGUUGAUGGAAGACGGAGUAGCAGUUGUUGACCUUCACGAGUACAUUGCGAAGAUUGACCGCGAGUACGCCACGCAACGGUACGACGACACCGAUGCACCGUUACUCUACGUCCGCAUUCAGAUCGGAAAGGCGACCUGCAGCGCCUUGAUUGAUUGUGGAGCUACUCACAACUACAUCAGCCAGGAUUUCAUGACCCGCGCCGGCCUUGGGCCGCGCGUUCGAAGGAAAUUGCAGCCCAUGCAAGUCACGUUGGCCGAUGGUCGUACGCACAAGUCCAUCGACCGGUGCAUUGAUUCCGUCCCCGUGUACUUCGCCCCGCUUGCACGCGAGGCCGUGUCCUUUGACAUAUUGGACACAAAGUUCGACAUGAUCUUGGGCAUGUCAUGGCCACGUAGCGAGGACCACCCGGUGAACUUCUACCACCGCACCGUUCACGUAUGUGAUCGGAACGGGGUACUUGUGCCAUGUACGGUCCCCCCACCUCAUCCUUCGAUUGGUUGUCACGUGGUCUCCGCGGCAAGCAUUUGCAACUCCAUCGCAAAGAACGACGUGGAGGAAAUGGGCAUUCGUUUCUUGCAGCCCUCCCUCCUCCCGAUGAGCCAGCGGCGGAACAGCCACCGGAUCCACGCAUUGUACAACUUCUUGACUCCUAUGGCGACGUCUUUGAAGCCCCCGUCAAAAUUGUACCGUAUCGGCCAAUUCGUCACGAGAUCAUCCUCGAAGACGGGGCCCCGAACUUUGGACGAGCACAUCGUGCAUGUACGUGUUGUUUUGGACAGGCUUCGUACGACCAAGUACAAGGCCAACCGAGCUAAGUGCGAAUUCGCACAGCAAGAGCUGGAGUACUUGGGCCACUUUGUGACGCCGCAAGGCAUCUGUCCGCUUGCGGACAAGAUCAAGGCCAUUCAAGAUUGGCAGAAACCGACCAACACCAUGGAGGUUUGCUCUUUCAUGGGAUUGGCCGGGUACUACCAACGCUUCACCGGAGGAUACACACGGAUCGCCGCACCUUUGUCCAGACUGCAGUCUCCACAGGUGCCCUUCCAGUUCACCAACGAAGUCCGCAGUUCGUUCCACAAAUUGAAGACGGCGUUGCUCCUCGCUCCCGUCUUGAGUUUCUACGAUCCCACCUUGCCUACGAGAGUGACUACGGACGCUUCCGGCUACGACAUGGGUGCAGUUUUGGAACAACACGACGGAGUAGAUUGGCACCCGGUUGAGUACUUCAGCCAAAAGGUGCCUCCCAUCAACUCGGUUGAUGAUGCGCGGGAGGAGUUGCUCGCGUUCGUCACGGUCCGGCCACCUUGGAGCUGCAUCUUCGUUGAUCUUCCUUUUCCAAGGACUGCCAACUUUGACGCCGCUUGUUCGCCCGCCUCCGUUCGGAAGUAUAGGGACUUCCUGGCUAAAGCCCGCGCCAACAUGCAAAAGGCUCAAGUCCGCAUGCAACAGCAAGCUAACAGGCAUCGCGUGCCAUGCCCCAUCCGCGCCGGCGACCUUGUUUGGGUCUCCACGGAAGAGUUUGCACUCGAGCAGGAUGUAUCCCGCAAGCUACUUCCAAAGUGGUUUGGACCAUGGCCCUUCACAUCAGCUGCGGGUGAUGAACCCGAUGGCCCCUCAUUUGUGAUCGAAAUCCCGCCGCAUCUCAUAGUGCACCCGGUUUUCCACGCCUCCAAGCUGGCCACAUAUACACCAGCCAAGAGCGACGACUUCCUGGGACGACGAUCACAUGACCCUCCUUCCAUGGAUGGUCAUCAGGAAGUCGACCGCGUCAUCACGCAUCGCAAGCACGACAACAAGCCUAUGCAGUACAAAGUCACAUUCAAGUGGUGCGACCCCGAAGACAUGCGAUGGAUUUCCAGGGCAGCUUUGCAAGCCUUCGCUCCUGACAUCUAUGCUCAUUAUGAGAAGAAACGGCUAGCAAAGGAAGCUGCAGCCUCCCACCCGGACUUCAGUCCCUCCCUCCACCGGACAACUUCGCCCUCGCAGUGCAUGCCACUCACUCGAUCACAGACCAAGGCCAUGGACGGGAAGGCGGGAGAAUCCCUCCUGGCCUACGAGGAACGUCUGGCGGCAUUCAUCCAGGAGGCCAACGAUAGUGCCGCCGCCGCGGCCAAGGAACGUAGUCAGAAUGAGCAAGAAGAGGAGGCCAAGCGACGGAAGGAGGAACAGGACCGACUUCGUCAAGAGGAGGCAGACCUGCAGGCGGCAGCUGAACACCGGUCACGCCAGCGGGAACGACUGUUCACGCGGGAGACCGUGAUCGGAGAUGAGACCGCACAUUGGGUGGAAAUGGCAUCUGCAGACGGGGCCCCGGAGACUGACAAAGGGCUGUUCGCCGUUGCGCAGAUCUCCCACGACCUCUUUUCUGCGAUCAGUCCAAGACGGAACCGAUCCCGUGGUGGUGCCAGUGUACUCUCAGGCUCGACAUGCACCAUGUCGCGAACAACGAUCGACAUCGGUGCUUGUACCACCGAUCUGGUGGUGCAUGGUCAAGCAUGGCUGGACAACAUCUUGACCAGCCACGACGUAGCAGUGUCGGAAGUGCACACCAAGCUCACUUGGCAGGAGUUGACUGACGCCUGGCACAAGCGAUUCCAAGUGGAGCCGCCCGACCUGCAAGCGAUGGACAAGCUCAACAAGCUCCAUCAGAACACGCUGCUCAGUCAGGACUGGAUUACCGAGUUCCAAAGACUCGCCUCCACACCUGACUUGCCGCUCGCAUUCCGCGGCGUCAAACACUUGUUUAUCAUGCGCUCGUGUCCAGCCCUGCAAAACGUGCUGACGCAGAUUGCAGAGACACUCGACACAUCUGACAAGCUUUUUAGCACAGCAUCACGGAUCAUUCUCACGAAUGUAGAAGCUCGCAACGCCGGCCGAUCUUUCGCGACGACGAGCAGCACCCAGCCCAAGCCAAAGGUGGCUUGCAUUGCGGCUACUUCGCCGACUUCUUAUGCCGAGGCUGCAACACCAAACGAGGGUGAAGUGUUGGCAUCUGCCCGGGAUGGUGGCCGGCCGCGCAACAACCACGGCUGCGACAAGCGAAGACUCAGUCCACCUCUUCACCGGGCACCCGGAUCAGCAUCCGACGAACCUUGGACACAAUACGGACUCUCGGCGAAUUGCUAUCGCACGAGACUCAAUCUUCCACUUUCGUUCGAAGAUUUCGCUGCUCGGCUCGUUCCUUCACUGGAUGCUUCUCGAGGACAAGAAACAUGUGCGGCUUUCUCACCGUCCGGAGGUUCCUCCGCCACUUCGUCUUCAUCAAGGGAUUCGGCAAGCGCCUUCAACGAGGAGGCUUUGGACCCGCUCACGCCCGAGGAUUUCGCUUGGGUUCCUCUCCCUACAACGGGCAACCUUCCGGGGCCGCAAAGCGCAGCACUAUGUGCCCUCUUACACGAGUAUCUUUCCUUCCAUGCACCACCAACUUCGCCGACGGUAGACGAAGUCGCGGUGGGGGACAUGCUUGGCUAUGUUGCCAAGGUGGCCCGCGAGUUUGUCUCGCAACGGUACGAAGAAAACAACGCACCAUUGCUCUACGUCCGCAUUCAAAUUGGGCAAGCGGCCUGCAACGCUUCGCUGGAUUGUGGCGCAACUCGCAACUUCGUCAGCCAGUCCUUCAUGACUCGGGCUGGCCUUGGGGCACAAGUACGGAGGCAGUCACAUUCGACGACGGUCACUCUUGCCGGCGGUAAGACGAAACAACUCUUAGACCGUUACAUCUCAGCUGUCCCGGUGUACUUUGCACCGCACGCAUGUGAACCCGUCACUUUUGACGUGUUGGACACCGACUUUGAUGUCAUUCUGGGGAUGCCUUGGCUUUCUAGCGCGGACCACACGGUCAAUUUCCAUCGACGCACGCUCACGAUUCGUGAUGCCACGAACGCCGAGGUCCCGUUGCCGGACCGGCCGAUCUCUCACGAGAUCAUACUCGAGGUCGGCGCCGUGCCACCGAAAGGAUGCAUAUAUCGCAUGUUCGAGGAGGAGCUCACGGUUCUCCGUGCGCAACUCGACGAUCUACUUGACAAGGGUUGGAUCCGCCCUAGCAGCUCACCUUACGGUGCGCCMGUYCUCUUCGYUCGGAAGAAGAACAAGGACCUUCGACUUUGCAUUGACUACCGACGCCUCAACGCGCAAACCAUCAAGAACGCGGGGCCUCUACCUCGCAUUGACGAUUUGCUUGAGCGGUUGGGCGGCUCCAAGUACUUUUCGAAGUUGGACCUCAAAUCGGGCUAUCAUCAGAUUUCCAUCCGCCCGCAAGAUCGGUACAAAAUCGCGUUUAAGACGCGAUAUGGACAUUUUGAGUGGGUAGUUAUGCCUUUUGGCCUCACCAAUGCCCCGACCACCAUUCAGGCGGCCAUGACCACCGAGUUUCGCGCUAUGUUGGACCGAUUUGUCUUGGUCUACUUAGACGACAUCCUCGUCUAUAGCCGAACUCUAGAGGAGCAUCUCGAGCACCUUCGCCGCGUUCUAGAGACUCUUCGGUCAGCCCGGUACAAAGCUAACCGCGACAAAUGCGAGUUUGUCCGGCAAGAGCUUGAAUACUUGGGACAUUUUGUCUCUCCGGAAGGCAUUCGUCCGUUGGCGGACAAGAUUCAAGCCAUCCAGGAGUGGCUCGAGCCGAAGAAUGUGACGGACGUCCGAUCCUUCCUCGACUUGGCCGGUUAUUAUCAGUGCUUCAUCAAGGGUUACUCGAAGAUCGCGGCCAACCUAAGCAAGUUACAAAGCGAGGAGCGGCUUUUUGACUUCGACGACGAUGCGCGCCAUUCUUUUGAAACACUCAAAGCGGCACUUUUAUCCGUCGAGGUGUUACAUAUUUACGACCCGCUUCUAGCUACGCGCGUCACUACCGAUGGGUCAGGCUAUGGCAUUGGGGACGUCCUUGAGCAGCACGAUGGCACGGACUGGCACCCGGUCGAGUACUUUAGCAAGAAAGUACCUCCCGUGCAUUCGAUCGACGACGCACAGAAGAAGGAGCUUCUUGCCUUCGUCCACGCCCUCAAGCGUUGGCAACAUUUCCUCCUUGGUCGGAAAGCAUUCCGAUGGGUAACGGAUAACAAUCCGUUGGUAAUCUGCAAGUCGCAAGACACGAUUAACAGUACCAUUGCGCGUUGGAUGGCUUUCAUCGACCAGUUUGACUUUUUCCCCGAUCACAUUCCCGGGAAGUCAAACCGUUUUGCGGACGCCCUCUCACGGCGACCGGAUCUUUGCACCGCAGUCUACUCUACCUUCGAGAUCGACGACGACUKGYGGGAGAGYUUCAUCCGCGGCUAUCAAGCCAACCCCCACUUUCGCGACAAGUACGCGAAUUGCUCCUCUCCGAAUCCGGUGCCUUCGCAUUAUCGGAUCCAAGAGGGCUACUUGCUUGUGCAUUCACGGGGCAGCCAUUGUUCGUUCGGCGAGCUACACCCACUAUCAGUUCACCUUGGGCGACGGGAAGCAAUUGCUAUGGAUAUCACCGGCCCCUUCCUGAACCACAAGACCGGCGUUGAUGGGAUCCUCACGAUCAUCGAUCGCCUCUUGCCUUGCCGCUAUCACGCAAAGGCACCGGAGUUAGCCGAGGUCUUAUACACCUAUUGGAUUUGCUCCAAGGGCUACCCCAAGGAGAUGGUUUGCGACCGGGACACUCGCUUUCUCUUCGACUUUUGGGUCGCCCUCGUCAAGCGAUGGGGCUCAUCUUUGAAGCCGAGUUCGACUCGCCACUCGCAAACCGAUGGUCAAACGGAAAGGGCGCAUCAGACAGCUCAAGUCCUUCUACGCACUUUCAUCCGUCCUGACCAGGUUGAUUGGGUUGAGCGCUUGCCAGACGUUGAGUUGGCUUACAACUUAUCGAUCCAUCCGGCUAUCGGGAUGUCGCCAUUCGAGUUUGAGCAUGGUUCACCCAUCUCAUCGCCGCUGGACGCCAUUUUGCUGCGCGCAGCCGAGAGCGACGACCAUCUUGUGUUCCUUCGUCGCAUGCAAGAGCUUCUUGUCAAGGCACGGGAUCAGAUUUCAAAGACGCAAAUACGGAUGAGCCGUCAAGCCAACCGCAAUCGUCUCCCUUGCCCGUUCCUCGCCGGCGAUCUGGUUUGGGUCUCGGCCGCGGAGUUCAGCCUUGAGCAAGACAUCUCUCGCAAGCUCCUUCCCAAGUGGAUGGGGCCUUGGCGCAUUCUCUCUGCAGUUGGUGAUGAUCCCGAGGGGCCUUCAUUCGGCAUCGCGGUGCCACCUCACUUGCCCGUCCACAUGGUGUUUCACUGUUCCAAACUCACUCCUUUCGUUUCAGCGGAGUCCGACGAGUUUCCCGGUCGACGUACGCAAGACCCUCCUUCCAUGGACGGAUUUCAGGAGGCCGGCUACAUCAUCACCGACCGGCGCCAUGGCAACAAAGAAACAGAGUUUCUACUUCACUUUUCCUACUGCAGCCACAAGGCUGACCGUUGGCUGACGCGUUCGGAACUGCAGGCCACAGCCCCCGCCGUUCUCUCACGCUAUCUUAGCAAAGGGAAGACUACGCAGAGCACUCUAGCUCCUCGCCAUCCUCGCUACAUUCCGCCAUCGGAUCGGCAGCUUCGCCCGCGCCCCGGCUCGGGCGGUGGUGAGGAGUUGCUUGAGUUUGUCGAAAGCGGCUUGGCGGCGUUCAGUCCAUGUGAAGGACUCGGUGGCGCAGGUGAGCUCAUGGAGAGGGUAGGAGACGUCGAAGAAGUUUUGAAUGAAGGGGCGGUAAUAGUUGGCGAGUCCAAUGAAUGGGCGAAGCUGGGUCAAGGUGGAGGGAGGUGGGAACUCGACGAGGGCAGAGACCUUUUUGGGGUCCAUGCGGAUGUCGUCGGCCGAGACAAUGUGACCAAGGUAUUCUACGCUAGGGGCAGCAGAUGUGCACUUGAUGAGCUUGGCGUAGAACUUUUGUUCUCGCAGGAUGGAGAGAACUUUGCGAAGGUGUUCGAGGUGGGAUUCGAAGGUCGGGCUAAAGACGAGGAUAUCAUCAAGGUAGAUCACGACACAGAUUUCGAGGAGGUCGCGAAAGAUGUGAUUCGUGCUAGAUUGGGAUGUGGCGCGGGCAUUGGUGGAGGUGAUGAGGGUGGCCCACUCAAGGAAGGUGUGAGGCUGGAGACCGGAGUGGUGGCGAUUAGACAUUUCGGUGUACCACCAGCGAGCCACGUUGUCUUGGAGUCGGCUGCCAGCGAUGGGGAGCCAGUUGAUGAGAGGGAUGGCGUGGAGGGAGAAGGCUUGUUGGAGUUUGGUGAGGAAGAGGAGAACGUCCUCAUGGGGGGUUUUCGCCUUGGCGAGAGGGGAGGUGGAGUGGCCAUGAUGGAGGUAGUGGUGGAUGAGGAUGGCGGUGAUGUUGAUGUGGAGGUUGAAGCGGAGGCUUGUUCGGAGGAGGGGGUGGUUUGGGGUGUGGAGGAGGAGGGUGUGGUCGUGGUGACGACCGUGAUGGCGGGGGUGUUUCCCUCGAGCGUGGUGACACGGUCGGAGAUGGCGGCCAUGGUGGUGUUGAUGGUGUCAAGGGAGGAUUGGAGGGCGGUCAACGUUCGGAAGAAAGUUGCAAGUUCCGCGGUGGCGGUGGUCGAAGUUGGCGGAUUGCUUGCGAGUUCACGGGCAAUGAUGUCGACGUAGUCGGAGCGAAGAUUAGACAUGUUGAUGGAUGAUUGAGCCAUGUUGGGGGAAGAGGGGGUGGAGGACGCGGCCGAAACAGAUGUGGAGGAUGCAGCAGCAGCAGUGGAGGCGGCCGCAGCAGCGGCGUCGGCGGCGGGACGUUGGGAGUUCUUGGUUUGGCGUGGUGGCAUGUGGAGAUGGGGGACACAAUUUCUUUAUCAAUAAAUUCAAAAUAAGGAUAAUUGCCGAGAUUUCGAAGGGAAUAAGGUUGGGGGGGAAGGGAAAGUGGGAAUUAAUUUUGAGUAAAUAAAUUUAUUCCGA